AUGGCUAGUCGAAUACCCCUUCAACAGCUUUCCCGAGCAACUACGACUGCAGCCUUUCCAAGAUCCUUCUUUAGCCAACGUCUUCCAGCUUCGGUUACUGCCGCCAGAAGUUUGGCUACCGUUCCCCCACCGGCCCGGUCUUCACUAGGGGGAACAAAGGAUGGAAAGGGGACAGCAAUUGUCCUGUUGAAUAUGGGCGGUCCGAGCGCUGUUGCUGAAGUUCAUGAUUUUCUGUCAAGACUUUUUGCCGACGGCGACCUCAUCCCCCUUGGCCCCCUCCAAAAAUACAUCGGGCCCUUAAUCGCCCGCCGCCGGACUCCCAAGAUCGAGGCCCAAUACAGCGUGAUCGGCGGUGGUUCUCCGAUCCGUCGCUGGUCCGAACUCCAAGCUUCCGAAACCUGCAAGCUCCUCGACAAAAUCCACCCCUCAACAGCCCCACACAAGCCCUACGUCGCCUUCCGCUACGCUGCGCCAUUAACUGAGGAUACAUUCGUGCGGAUGAAGGCUGAUGGCGUCAGCCGCGCAGUGGCGUUCACACAGUACCCGCAGUACUCGUGCUCCACUACGGGGAGCAGCCUGAAUGAGCUCUGGAGGCUGAGUAAGAAGUUUGACGCGGAGGGGCAGAUUGAAUGGAGCGUUAUCGACAGGUGGCCGACGCAUAAAGGUUUCGUGGGAGUGGUUGCUAGGCAUAUCGAGGAGAGUCUGAAGACGUAUACGGAGGAGGACAGGGAACAGGUUGUGUUGUUGUUUUCGGCGCAUAGUUUGCCGAUGUCUGUUGUUAAUCGGGGAGACCCAUACCCGGCCGAAGUCGCAGCAACAGUUUACGCCGUUAUGCAACACCUAAACUUCAAAAACCCCUACAGACUCGUCUGGCAAUCCCAGGUCGGGCCGUCACCCUGGCUCGGUGCGCAAACAAGCAACACUGUAGAAGAAUACGUGAAAAAGGGCCAGACAAAGCUUCUUCUUAUACCAAUUGCUUUCACUUCCGACCACAUUGAAACCCUCCACGAAUUAGACCUGGAAAUCAUCGCCGAGAGCAAGCAACCAGGCAUCAAGCGCGCCGAAUCACUCAAUGGGGACCCAUUGUUCAUCGAGGCGCUGGCAGAUAUUGCAAAGACGCACUUGGAGAGCCAGGGCAGGACAAGUACUCAGAUGGCGCUGAGGUGCCCAAUGUGUAAGAGCGAGAAGUGUGCAGAGCAGAAGGCAUGA